AUGACUCAGGGCGGUGCCGGUGACUACAAGCAGUACAUGGACUAUUCCAAAUAUACUCAGGGUCAGGGCUCGCAGGGCGGAGCCGCGAAAGCGGAGACCAAAGAAGGCAGUGAUGGCCCUGCGCUGCUCGUCGCUCCCUCUGACAAUACAGAGGCAGCAAAGGAGAGUCAGCUGCGCGAGGAGGAGAAGAAGCACCUCCAGGAGGAGCUGGCAUCCGAGCGCGAGCGAUUGCACAAGGAGCUGGCUGAGGAGCAGGAGAAAUUGAAAGAGGAGCUGGCGUCCGAGGCUAAGCAGGAGCAAGAGGAGCAAGCGAAUGAGCAGAAGGAGAAAGCUGCUCCUGCUGAGCUUGCGGCCAGUGCAUGGUCGCAGCCGCUGCUACUCUCAACCGGGUCUCUUGCCCUUGGAGCGCUCGUCGCCGUCGCUGCCUUCGUGGCCCGCCUUCGCAGCCAGAGGCAGGUGCAGUUGAACGGAGCCGGCGACUAUCUCAUGUAUGCUGAGGCGGCGAUCGAGGUCGCCUAA